UGUUCUGUUUAUAUUUGCAAGGGUAAUUUAAUAAUAAUGAAGAUAGUAUCUAAUUUAUUAAAGGACUCCCAUGACGAAUGGCUCGUUAGGACGACUGCUUCGUUCAAUGAAAUUAAUCCAAUCGUUGAUAGAAUAAUGGAAGAUGAGUCAGUUGAAGGCGUUAUCAUGACUAAUAAGGAAGGUAUUCCAAUAUUAACAAAUGUCAACCUUGUGGGUGCGACCAACUAUGGCCUUUCUAUGAAGCGUUUGGGAGAUAUGACUCAAAUAAGUGCCAAAGAAAUUGAUCCUUUUGACGAAGUUUUAGUAUUAAGACUGAAAACUAAGAAAAUUGAAGUAAUGGUAGUUCCAAAUCGAGAAUUUAAUAUUAUUGUUAUGCAACACUCAAGAGGGUCAAAUAAAAAGGCGAAACAUGAACACCGAAAUGGAAAUAAUGAUAAACCUUAAAUACUAUUUAAAAUAUACUAUUCCUAUUCUUAAAUUAUUACGGAUAGUUUUAAUUAAAGUAGAUUUAUAUACCUAAAUAACGUUUUUAAUGUGAGUUGUACGAUUAAGAUUUCUUGUGAUACAUAUGUUUUCAAUUUUAAACUACUUUAAAGCCCUUUGUUAUCAGUACAUUUCGUUUUUUUAA